CGGCUCUACCAGGCGCAGGCCCUCUACAAGGCCGGGCUCUACGCCGAGGCCCUGCGGGCCGCCAGCCCGCUGCUAGACCUCCCUGCCUACCAGGGCCGGGCCCUGCGCCUCCAGGCAGCUAUUCGCUAUGCCCAGGGCGACCUCCCGGCGGCCAAGAGCCUGGUGGAGGAGGCGCUUGGCGCUGCUGUGGACGGCGGCCCUGGAGCAGCUGAGGACCCCUCAGAGCGGGCUGAUGCCGAGAUCAACCUGGGCUGCCUGCUGUACCGGCAGGGGCGGCACGAAGAGGCCAGUGGCAAGUUUGCCGGCGCCAUGCAAGUGUUGGGUUACUGCCCUGAGCUCUCCUACAACAUGGCGCUGUGCUGCUACGUGGCCAAGCAGUACGCCCCUGCCCUCAAACACAUCUCCGAUAUCAUAGAGCGCGGCAUCCACCAGCACCCAGAGCUCAGCGUGGGCAUGACCACUGAGGGCAUUGAUGUCCGCAGUGUCGGCAACACUCUGCUCCUGCACCGCACAGCCCUGGUGGAGGCCUUCAACCUCAAGGCGGCCAUUGAGUACCAACUGCACAACUUGAAAGCGGCCCAGGAGGCGCUCACAGAUAUGCCACCCAGGGCUGAAGAGGAGCUGGAUCCAGUCACACUGCACAACCAAGCACUAAUGAACAUGGACAGCCAGCCCACUGAAGGCUUUGAGAAACUGCAGUUUCUUCUGCUGCAGAACCCCUGUCCGCCAGAAACUUUUGGAAACUUGCUACUCCUCUAUUGCAAGCAUCAGUACUACGACCUGGCAGCUGAUGUGCUGGCAGAGAAUGCCCAUCUGACCUACAAACUGCUCACACCUUACUUGUACAACUUUUUGGAUGCCAUUAUUACUUGUCAAACUGCCCCUGAGGAGGCUUUCCACAAGCUAGAUGAUUCAGCAGGGGCGCUGACUGAGCAGCUGAGAAAACUCACAAAGCAGGUACAGGAAGCUAGGCAAAAUUGGGAUGAUGAAGCUGUAAAAAAGGCAGUUAAUGAGUAUGAUGAGACUCUGGAUAAAUAUGUACCUGUUCUGAUGGCCCAGGCAAAGAUCUACUGGGACAUGAAGAAUUACACAAUGGUAGAAAAGAUUUUCCGCAAAUCUGUGGAGUUCUGUAAAGAACACGAGGUGUGGAAGCUCAAUGUGGCUCACGUGCUCUUCAUGCAGGAGAACAAGUAUAAAGAAGCUAUUAGCUUCUAUGAGCCAAUAGUUAAAAAGCACUAUGACAACAUUCUCCAUGUCAGUGCCAUCGUGUUAGCUAACCUCUGCGUUUCCUACAUCCUGACAAGCCAGAAUGAAGAUGCAGAGGAACUGAUGAGGAAGAUUGAGAAGGGAGAAGAGCAGCUGUCCUAUGACAAUCCUGAUAAAAACAUCUACCAUCUUUGCAUUGUCAAUCUAGUCAUUGGUACCCUCUACUGUGUGAAGGGAAACUAUGACUUCGGUAUUUCAAGGGUCAUUAAAAGCCUGGAGCCAUAUAACAAAAAACUGAGCACAGAUACAUGGUAUUACGCUAAACGGUGUUUCCUGUCUUUGCUGGAGAACAUGUCUAAGCAUAUGAUCAUGCUACGUGACAGCGUUAUUCAAGAGUGCAUUCAGUUUCUGAAGCAGUGUGAGCUGUAUGGAAGAAACAUCCCAGCUGUCAUUGAGCAACCCCUUGAAGAGAAGAGAAUGCACAGUGGAAAAAAUACAGUUACCUACGAAGCCAGGCUUUUGAGGGCACUGAUGUAUAAGAUCAUUGGGUGGACUGCAUAAGUGGUGUUCCUGUACAGUAGAAAUGAGAACUUUGUGUCUGUUCUUUUCUUACGCUUGUGAGAUGAUCCUCACCCUGGUAGUCCACAGUGGCAUGGGUUUUUCUUGACUGCUUACCUUUAAAGAUUUUGUCCUGUAUUUUAACAACAUUCAGUGGAAAAUAGAAUAUUUGCCUGAAAU